AUGGGUUCAAUUUAUUUUGUUGAUUCACAAGCGUAUACUGUUAUUAGAAAGGAUAAUAUUGAUGCUGUUCCUGUUAAAAUUUUGCCAACAGGUCAUUAUGAUUUAGAAUAUCGAAUUGUUAUUUGUACAAGAGAAAAUGAUGUUUUUGUUUUACGUAAGAACAAUAAAGGGGAUUGUCAUAUAAAUUCUUUUUAUAUUCGAGAACAUCCUUUUAAUGUUAUUUUUUGUUCUAGUCAGUUUGUCUUUGCCACACGUCGUCGCCGACUUAUUUUUUACAGUCAAAAAUUUCGUCGUCAAAAUUCUAUGCAAUUUGAUGAAGAUAUUGUUGAUUUGGAACAUUUUUAUUAUGAACCUAAACAAUAUGAAGGGGUUCUUGUUGCUCUGGGGAAUGAAAUUAAUUUGUAUAUUGACCAAUUAAGAGUAGAUACAAUUAGAAUGGAUAGACCUAUAGAAUGGAUUAAAUUUGGAAGAAUGGGAAGGGAGGAAGGUGUUUUGGUUAUUUCUACUGAAGGUGGCGGUCUUUGUGUAAAAAUAUUUCGUCGUGUAGCCACAUUUGAUGAGGGAACUAGAAUCACUACAAGUGGAAUACAACAAAGAAAAUCAGCAAAUAUUAGCUCUAUUGAAUUACCUAAAAGAUCUCGAACAUUUGUUGAUCAAAGUUUAAGGGAAAGGGAAAAUCCAAAAUUAUUACACCAGGCAAGAGAAAGAGGAAAUUUUUGUUUUUAA